AUGACUCCAUCGAUUCCUGUUCGCAAACUCGGUGCGAAUGGCCCUGAAGUGCCUGCCUUGGGAUAUGGCAUGAUGGGUCUUUCUCAGCCCGUCUACGGCAGCGUCCCCAGCGAACAAGACAAAUUCGCCAUGCUAGACCGAGCUUAUGAGCUAGGAGCCAGACAUUGGGACUCUUCUGAGUAUGUUCGCAAUCUCUCACUGUCGUCUAGAAGUAAGAUGAUCACUGAUGCGAGUCACGAAAUCAUACAGCNNCUAUACAGCGACAACGAAGAAACAUUGGGCAAAUGGUUCAAGCGAACGGGCAAAAGAGCCGAAAUCUUCCUCGCGACAAAAUUCGGGUUCGUCAAGGGAAAGUUUCCUCAACUGGAUAGUACUGGCGAGUAUGCGAAGAAGGCCUGUGAGGAGAGUUUGAAGCUGCUUGGUGUAGAGUACAUCGAUCUCUAUUACCUACACCAUCCUAAUCCAAAGACGCCCAUCGAAGACACAAUGAGAGGACUGAAAGAACUUCAAGACCAGGGCAAGAUCAAGUACAUCGGUCUCUCCUCCGUAUCAUCAAAGACCCUGCUUCGAGCCUCCAAGAUCGCAAAGAUUUCGGCCGUUCAAGUGGGCUACUCUGCUUUCGAACUCGACAUCGAGAAUGACAAAGGAACAAAGCUUCUGGGAACGUGUCAAUCUCUGGAUGUUGCCAUCAUCGCCGCAAUGCCGUUAGGAAGAGGCGUUUUGACGGCUGCCUUUGCUGACAACACACCUCUGGACCCAAAAGACAUGAGACCGUCUUUUAUGCCCAGGUUCCAGGAAGGCAACAAAGAGAAGAAUGUCGAGAUUGCCAAGCAGUGGAGACACUUGGCUGAGAGUAAGGGGUGUACAAGUGCUCAACUUGCGAUCGCGUGGUUGCUCAAGCAAGGUGACGACAUCUUGGUCAUCCCUGGAACCAAGAGAGUUGAGUACCUGGAGGAGAACUGCGGUGCCGCAAGUGUGGAGCUCAGCGAAGAGGAUGUGAAAGAGAUCAGAAAGUUUGCAGAAACUUGUAAGAUUGCUGGAGGAUGUCUUCCGCCUAACUUUGAGAGCUUCACCUUUUCUGAUACAGUGGAGGAGGAAAAGGAGGGGUCUUACAUGUGA